CUUUCGCAUUUUCCUCCGCCGAUCGCCCUGGAAAACUCUACGCGCGCACUCUGAGCUAAGGACCCAGUUACCCAAGGAUAUAUAUAUUAGUUAGCCAAGGACACCAGCAGCACCAGGACAGCUAACAUGGUCGUCUCCGUGAAGGUCUUCAAGAAGGCCACGCCCAACGGCAAGGUCACAUUUUAUUUAGGGCGCCGAGACUUCAUCGACCAUCUGGACUACUGCGACCCCGUGGAUGGGGUCAUCGUAGUGGAGCCGGAGUACCUGAAGAACCGCAAGGUCUUCGGCCAGUUGGCCACCACCUAUCGCUAUGGCCGCGAGGAGGACGAGGUCAUGGGAGUCAAGUUCUCGAAGGAGCUGAUCCUGUCGCGGGAGCAGAUCGUCCCCAUGACCAACCCCAACAUGGAGAUGACACCGAUGCAGGAGAAGCUGGUGCGCAAGCUGGGCAGCAACGCCCACCCGUUCACCUUCCACUUCCCGCCCAACUCGCCCAGCUCUGUCACCCUGCAGCAGGAGGGCGAUGACAACGGUAAGCCGCUGGGCGUGGAGUACACCAUUCGGGCCUUUGUGGCCGACUCCGAGGACGACCGCCAGCACAAGCGUAGCAUGGUCAGUCUGGUGAUCAAGAAGCUCCAGUACGCUCCCUUAAACCGCGGCCAGCGCCUGCCCAGCUCGCUGGUCAGCAAGGGAUUCACCUUCUCGAACGGCAAGAUCAGCCUGGAGGUCACGCUGGACCGGGAGAUCUACUACCACGGCGAGAAGGUGGCCGCCACCGUCCAGGUCUCGAACAACUCGAAGAAGGCCGUCAAGAGCAUCAAGUGCUUCAUUGUCCAGCACACCGAGAUCACCAUGGUAAAUGCCCAGUUCAGCAAGCACGUGGCCCAGCUGGAGACCAAGGAGGGCUGCCCAAUUACCCCGGGCGCUAAUCUGACCAAGACCUUCUACCUGAUUCCCCUGGCGGCCAACAACAAGGAUCGUCACGGCAUUGCCCUCGAUGGACAUUUGAAGGACGAGGACUGCAAUCUGGCCUCCUCCACCAUGGUGCAGGAGGGCAAGUCCACCGGCGAUGCCUGUGGUAUUGUCAUCUCGUACUCGGUGCGCAUCAAGCUGAACUGCGGCACUCUGGGCGGCGAAAUGCAGACGGAUGUGCCCUUCAAGCUCCUCCAGCCGGCACCUGGCACCAUUGAGAAGAAGCGCUCGAACGCCAUGAAGAAGAUGAAGUCCAUUGAGCAGCACCGCAAUGUCAAGGGCUACUAUCAGGAUGACGACGACAACAUCGUCUUCGAGGACUUUGCCAAGAUGCGAAUGAACAACGUCAACAUGGCGGACUAAUCUCUGGACACCGGCAUUCUCUCUAGCUUUGUUGUGAACCGAACGGAAACGAAUCGAAAGCACUGAAAUCUGGUUGCAGCAGUCUCUCGUGGAGGCCACAAUCUUUGUAUUAUAACCGUAUCUAUAACGCUCUCUAUGUGGAAACUUUGGUGGAUCUGGAGUUUGUACCCGUACCUCUAUGCAUGUUGAUGUGUUGAAAUGACCGACCUCGAGUCCCUAUAUUAUAAAUGUGUUAUGGCUAUCUAGA